GCCACUUUUUCACUAUUACUGUUGAGCUCAGUUCGCUGCAGUUAUCCUUCAGCAUCACUACCUACUUCCUCUUACUGCAGUCCUGCAUAGCUGCACUGGUCAAACCUCAGCCAUGAGCGAUGAUGACAACUAUGCGUUGUUCAAGGAACUUUAUUAUGAUACCAUCAACAUGACUGACUCAAGUUAUGUGGUCAGUGACAAAGUCAUGCUCUGUGCCAAGGAGGCUGUCAACAAGUUUGGUGAAAAAUUCAUCCCAGCGUUUUACUAUGCCAAUUUCCUCCUGAGUUACCUCGGCAACGGGCUCGUCCUCCUCAUCAUCUUCAAGUAUGAGAAACUCACCACAGUGACAAACAUCUUCCUCCUGAAUCUGGUCCUCUCCAACCUCCUCUUCGCCUCCAGCCUCCCCUUCUGGGCAACAUACCAUCUGUAUGAGUGGAUUUUCGGCAUUGCUCUGUGUAAGAUGGUCAGCGCUGCCUACUUCAUCGGCUUCUACAGCUCCAUCCUCUUCCUCACCCUCAUGACAUUUGACCGAUACCUUGCAGUGGUGCAUGCAGUGGCAGCUGCUAAGAGCAGAAAAAAGGCAUAUGCUGUCAUUGCAUCAGUGGUAGUUUGGUGCAUCAGUAUUGUGGCAAGUAUUAAAGAGCUGGUUCUCCAAAAUGUGUGGGAGAGUCCCCUUAAUGGAUGGAUAUGUGAGGAGUCAGGGUACGAGGAGAGCACCAUGGAGCAAUGGCGUCUGCUUAGUUAUUACCAGCAAUUCCUGGUCUUCUUCCUCCUCCCUCUGUUCAUGGUGAUGUACUGCUACAUCAGCAUCACUGUCCGCAUCCUGUCCACCCGCAUGAAGGAGAAGUGCCGUGCAAUCAAGCUCAUAUUUGUCAUCAUCUUCACAUUCUUUGGCUGCUGGACGCCCUACAACAUCGUCAUCCUCCUUCGAGCUAUUCAGAUCUCCAGCCCCAGUGAGAACGGUGACCCGUGUGCUGUUACAGAACGCUUGGACUAUGCGCUGUAUGUGACCCGGAACAUAGCCUACCUGUACUGUUGCAUCAGCCCAAUGUUUUACACGUUCGUGGGAAAGAAGUUCCAGAGCCACUUCAGAAGGCUGAUUGCGAAGAGGAUCCCCUGUCUGAAGAGACACAUGAGUCUCAGCAGCCAGAGCACCAGGAGCACCUCACAGAGGACGCCGCACUCUGAGUACUAGCUAGAUCAGCUGUUCUCAACCCCAAUAGGGGUCGCGAGAUGAUUUCUGGGGGUCGCCAAAUCAUUUUGGAAGUCAGCUCUGUCUCCACUGUGUUAAAGUGUUCAUGUGUUAAUGUGUUUUAGUCUUUUUGGUCACUUUUUUGUG